GUUCAGACUAUUGGAAGUAUAAUAAGGUCUAUGUUGGCUUUAAUCCCAGUCCAGAGCCGUUAUCUUCUAACUCAACCUAGGGCCUCACGGGUCAUAGGUGGCAGUAGAGGAGAAUACAACAUAGUCGGUAGAGUAUGGAGUAGGAAGGUAAAUUGGAAGGCCUGGCACGAGCGCCAGUACGGAGGGGUAGAUGCCUGAUAAUAAGCAGCCUACGAGACCAUAACCCAUGAAGCCGCAGGUUGACUUGCAGCUGCGCUAGCGCCAAGCCCUUCUGUUGGAGACAACAGCAGCCAGAAGUAUAUAAUAAGCAGCCCAGCUCUCUGCGCCACCCCUGAAAUGGAACAUCCGGCUGACGGUUCGCGCACCCCCGUUGAUCUGCGCCUGAAUAGCUUCAUAUACUCAAGUAGCCUCAACUUGAAAUUCGGAUGAUUCUGUAGUCCUCAGGUCAAACCUUCCUAAUUGUCAGGAAGCGCGUCGGUAAUGCCAUGGGCCGUGAUAAAGACACAAUCGUCGGUGGCGCCUUGAUUGGCGGAGCUUUGCUCGAAGCACUAAGUUUACUGCCAUCAAGACGAAGAAGCGAACAUCACGUUUCUGGAGUUUUUAGUAAUGCGCGGGAACAAAGUGGCAACAGAACUGGGCGGUAUAGUGCUGCCGUUCUUCCGAGGCAUGAGUUCCAGUAUGAUCCGUUGCCGAAUCCCACUACUCAGAUCCGGCUUGUACGAAUCGCUCGCAACCUUGCGCCGGGAGGCCUGAUACAGUGCGAGUUGAAAGUGAUUCAUAUCACAGAUCCGUCCUAUGAGUACUCUGCCUUAUCAUAUACCUGGGGUAACACCCACCGGAGGAGGGCUAUACUCCUAGAUGGUGGGUUAUUUCAAGUUACGGAAAAUCUCCACAGAUUUCUGGAACACGCCAUCGAACGGAUUAGCGCGACCGCGUCAUCAUCCAGGGGGAACAGCAAAUGGAUAGGGUGGUGGUGGAUCGACGCCCUGUGCAUCAACCAGAGCGACGUCUACGGGGAGAAGAGCGUCCAAGUGGCGCUGAUGGGGGACAUUUUCACGCGGGCAAGGGAAGUGAUCGCCUGGAUCGGCGAAGCGGGGGACAACACAAAAACAACAUUCGAACGUCUGCGCGCCUUACGUGCGUCAGAUCCAGCGACGCGCCGAAGACGACCGAGCCCAGCCGAGCGGCGCCUCCUCCGGGAGCUACAGCAGGACUCCCGGUUGUCGAGCGGGAUCGGACAUAUGUUCAGGAAGGACUAUUGGGACCGGAUGUGGAUCCUGCAGGAGCUGGCUCUCUCCAAUCGCACCAUCUUGGUCUGCGGCAUGUACGAGCUGAAAUGGAACAUCAUGGUCGACUUCGCAAUGAAGAUGCAGUUGUCCAUGAAGGGGAAUCCCGCGCGAUCCGUGUCGAUUUUGGGGAACGCCCAGCAAGCUGUGGAGAAGACGCGCAAUGUAUGGCUUAUAUCGCAGAUCUACCAUCACGAGGAGAAGUCCUUCGAUCUCAGCCUGCUUCUGUACCUCUCGCGGUAUCAGGAGGCCCAAGAGGCUAAGGAUCGGAUAUAUGCGCUCUUGAGUCUGGUGUCUCCGAGAUAUAAGGAUAUGAUAGGACCGCCGCGACAGAACCAGUCUUCGUGCCAGCUCUUCGGCCAUGUGGCUAGAAUCGUGUUCAAAGAUAUGCAGCUGUUCAGAUUCGCAGAAAUCCUUGAACAGGUACCGGAUGACUAUCCCCAGGUCGAGGUACUCUGUUACAGCGCGGAUGCGCGGGAUGAGAGACUACGAAGGUUACGGCGUACCAUGGAACGAGACUCAUGUCACAACCCCUUUGCCGAGCCAUCUCAUCGCUGUCCUGGAGUUGAUUGCGCAGUGUUUCGCUGCAAUUCGUACCGUUGUUCAGGGAAGCGUUGCCUGGACGCCUUAUAUAGGUUCCUUGAGAGCAUUUACGAUAGAGCUACCGUGUACACUCGGUAUUCGGGGAACCAGCAGAUAGAGUUGGGUGGUCAUGAAGCCUCAAUAUCUCGCAGCAGGUCGAGAUCGUGUAGCCGCUCGAGAAGGAGCCCUGAGUCUGAACGACGGUCAAGAUCAAAGGCAAGAACCAUGCCAAGGAUAAUACAUUCAUUAAUUGGAAGGCGCGAAGGCUUGCAGAGGCAUAUCUCGCCCAGUGAUAGGGGUAGGUUGCAUACGCGUGGACGAAGCCCUCAAAGAAGAAUCUAGAUAGAGACUAUAUAUAUACUUCUGAUAGUUUUAUUGCCCCAGUGUCCCUCUUCAUGCCAUUAAAAGAGCGUCGCAAACAAUAUACUUGGUAC